AUGCCCGACGCUCGCGCCCCCUUACUCACCGACGACGACGUCUUCACUCCCGCAGCAGAAUCUGCUCUCAAGGAAAUCUUUUCCCGCUUUGACGUAGACAAGGACGGGAACCUAUCGCGAGCGGAAAUUGACGCAUUUGCUAUCGCAGCCAAUGGCGAAAAGUUUGAUGAGGCAACCAUUGAGGAACUCAGUGAUUCCUUUGACACUACUGCAGACGGCAAAUUGACGCUGGAAGGGUUCCUGGAUAUGUACCACUUGCAGACUUUGAGCGAUGAGGAUGAAACGUGGAAGGAUUUAAAGACAUUUGGAUAUGACGACAAGUUGGUGAAGAGCGAUACGCAAACGUAG